AUGUAUUCAGCGGUGGGAACAUGUGUUCGGACACCUGUUGGCGAUACUCAGUAUUUUCCAGUUGAGGUCGGGCUUCAUCAAGGGUUAGUAUUAAGUCCUUUGCUUUUUAUAAUGGUUUUGGAUGUGAUUACUCAUGACAUUCAGGCUCUUGUACCUUGGUGUAUGCUUUUUGCCGAUGAUAUUGUAUUAAUCGCUGAGUCUCGGAACGAGAGUAAUAGUGAUAUUUCAGCGGAUGUGACUCAUCGUAUUUUGACAGGAUGGCUUUGUUGGAGGGCUGCUACUGGUGUGUUGUGUGAUAAAAGUGUACCUUUGAAGUUCAAGGGUAAAUCUUAUCGUGUGGCAAUCAGACCGUCAUUACUAUAUGGUUCUGAGUAUUGGCCAUUGAGAAAGGCUUAA